AUGGCCGAAGUUGGACGCAAGCGCGCCCAAGAAGGCGAUGGCACGGUAAAUGUGCGCAAGAAACUAAGGCCUUCGGAGCUUCCGCUCUCUCAGGCGAAACGAUCGGCCAUCGACAGCUUGGUACACAUGUUUCGCAAAAAGGGCACAUACGACGACAUACGGAGGGACCUCAUGAAGCAAUAUGUAUCAGGUCCCGCCAAAGAUGAACUCCAGUCCGCCCUCAAAGAACUUGUUGACCGUGAAACCGACCGUAACCCGUCCUUACUAUCCAAGGACCCCCGAAUGGCGACCACCCUUAUCGAAGGUGCUGGAGAACGCAGUGACAUCUACGCGAACAUCAUGAGCACUGUCAACACCCUGCUGGACCGAUUGAUGGAGGAACAGGGCUUGCCGAAAAUGCGCGAAUACCGCAUUCAGGAAAUCGGAGCGGAGGCAGCGGCUGAAGAGGAGAAGCGAGGCAGCAAGACCGAAGAGGAGUGGGCACAAGAAGCUGAGGCUCGACGGCAAAAGCGUGAGGCUCAGAGGGAUAAGGAGCUGGAAGAAGAGCGCGAGAAGGAGCGUGCAGAGAGGGCCAAAAAGGAGGAGCGCAGGCGGCGAGAAAAGGAAGAAGAUGAAGCUCGAGAGAAGGCUCGGCAGGAAGAAAAGGAGCGCAGGCGCAAGGAGCGUGAAGAGCGUGAGAAGGAAGACGAAGAGCGCCGACGAAAAGACCGAGAAAGGAUUGAGAAGGAGAGAGAAGAGGAACGCCAGCGCCUUAAGAAGGAGCGAGAAGAGCACGAGAAGAGUCGAGAGGCUCGCCUUAAGAAAAUCCGAGAGGAGGAUGCUGAGCGGGAGCGUCGCAUACAAGAGGAGCUUGACCGAGAUCGUGGUGGACGCUAUCGCAGUGGCCGUGGACGUAGCAGGACCCCUGACCGUGACAGAGACCGCCGAGGGCGUGAUAGAAGCAGGCGAAGGAGCAGGACAAGGUCAAGAUCGCGUGACCGCCGUACAUCUAUCAAGCCCGAGGACAUCAAGGUGGACGACGACCUGGCACUUCAGCUUUUGCUACAAGAAAGCGAACAGAUGAAGAAGUCACGGCAGCGACCCGCACUUGAACGCUCAGAAUCACUCGAGCCGCCUAUGCGGAAAGCACACCCACCCAAGUCACUCGUACCACGAGAUCCAGUGGCUGUUCGACUGGCGAAGCUUGACGGAAAAUCUGCCUCAUCUGCACAUCGGGCCUCCAGCAAAGACCUCAGAUCUCCCAUUUCGGAAACACAUGCUGCAGCCGCAAAGGACGAAGACACCCUGAUGAUGGACGCACCACCAACCGACGCCAAGGGUCGACGAGGGGAAUUAUCUUCAAAAGGCGAUAAAUCACGCGCACGCUCUAGAUCACGCAUAGAAGCCGUUCACUGUCUCGCGGAAGCCGCUAUGACCGCAGGUCUCGACGGGAUGAUGAUAGACACUCUUACAGGCCGGCACACGACGGUCGAAGGCGCGAUCGCGACGACCGCGACGAUAGACGCUCACGCCGCGACAGUCGUAGCCGGUCACGAGAGACACGUACUAGCCGCCGCAAGUCGCGAUACGAGACACGCAGCCCUUCACCGAGCCGAGAAGAGAGACGUCGAGACCGUACCCGGUCUCGUUCCCGAAGCCGACGUGAUCGUGACCGUGACCGUGACCGUGAUCGUGAUCGUGAUCGUGAUCGUGAUCGUGAUCGCGACCGCGACCGCGACCGUGAACGUGAACGUGAUCGGUCGGCCACUCGUCGACGCCGUCAUUCCCGCUCUAGGAGUCCAGAUAACAUUGAUCGCUAUGUACCUGGCGGUGCGGCAGCAGCAGCCGCAGCCGCAGCCGCCACCACUACCACUAGCACCCGGAAGCGAGAAGAUAGCCGUGAGCGCAAGCGUGAUGAUAGCCGACCUCGUAGGCGUGACGAUAGCCGCGAUCGACCACGGAGCUACAGGUCUCGGGACUAUGAUCGCUGGGAUGGUGGGAGAGAACGGGGUAGUAGACGGCAAGAGUCUGACUGUUACCAACCUGGUGGUGGGGGUGGAGAUGGUGAUGAGAAGGAGCGAGACAGCGAUCGAAAGGCCAGAGAGCGGAGUAGGGAGCGGAGUAGGGAAAGAAGCCGGGAGAGAAGCCGGGAGAGAAGUCGUGAUAGAGACAGACGCAGGCGUGUGA